AGCAGCAAUGGAAGGCCAUACAGCACCCUAUCACAAAAUGGAACCCACCAACAGUGUAAGAGACCUGAAAGUGGCACAUGGCAGAAAGUGGCACAGGGGCAGAGUCUGGCGAUGAAGUCAGCAGCAAUGGGAGGCCGUACAGGGACCCAUGACACACUCUGGACCUGGCAGCAGCAAGAGGAGGCGCCGGUACAGGGGGCCAUGAAUCAGUAUGGACCUGGCAGCAGUGUGAGGAGACCCGAAAGUGGCACAUGGCGCGCAGGGUGGCGGGAGGCAGCAGUAUUCGGAAGACAUACACAGGACUAGUUUAAAAAGCGGAAGCCGCAGCAGCGUGA